AGACACCUGUCAGGAGGACUACACAUCCAGAAGCUGCAUGAGAUGCAACUGGAGGCUGCGUGUUUAACCAUGGACUCGCUGUUAUCGUCAUCAUAGCCUCUCGGUGCCCAAGGAGCGUAAAGUUGUCCCGCUGCUUUCUUUGUGUUAUUUCUUCUUUCUCCCUCUGUCUCUUCAAGCCGCAUGAGUUCACCGCUGUUUUUAGGUCAGCUGGUCGGGGUUCCGUUAGAAAUAAUGCACCCCACAAUGGAGAAAGACACGACUUACACCAAGAUCUUUGUCGGCGGUUUGCCCUAUCACACCAACGACGCUUCACUUCGGAAAUAUUUCGAGACUUUCGGGGAGAUCGACGAGGCGGUGGUUAUCACAGACAAGCAGACGGGCAAGUCCAGAGGAUACGGCUUUGUGACGAUGGUGGACAGGGGAGCAGCAGAGCGGGCGUGUAAAGAUGCAAACCCCAUCAUCGACGGCAGGAAGGCCAACGUGAACCUGGCGUACCUGGGAGCGAAACCUCGCAGUUCACAGUCAAGUCUCUCUGUUGGAGUUCAGCAAGUCCAUCCUACGUGGGCUCAGAGGCAAUACGGGCUGGCCCAGCAGUACGUCUACCCCCAGGCGUUCCUCCAGCCCAGCCUGGUGCUGCAGUCCCAGCUCAGCCCCACAGCAGCAGCCCUGGCUUCCCCUUACCUGGACUACAGCUCCGCCUACAGCCACUACGCCCCCACAGGACUGGAGCAGUACCCCUACACCCCUUCCCCGUCACCCUCCGCCGGCUACCUCAGCUACAGCUUCUCCCCCGGCACGCCGGCGCCUGCUCUCACCGCCUCCCCGACCCCCCCGGCCGCCAUCCAUCCUCCUCUGGCUGCACUCACCACCAUGUCUGGCGCCCCGCAGGCCUUCCUCCACUACCCCCUGCACCAGCCUGACCGCAUGCAGUGAGCCACUCUGAGUGGAGCCGCGGCGGCCAAACUGAUGAUUCAAACUGACUGCUGACCUGUGACAUCAUCAGGAUGAGACUGGAUAACCAGGGAGAGAGUGUGAUGUAAUCAAAAGGGCUUUUAGAAAGCACUCUCAUUCCUGUUUUUUUAUAUAUAUAUUAUUAUUAUUAUUGUCGUUGUAGUAGUUGAGGAAAAUGUUCUAUUGCUACUGUCAUCAGCACACGAUCUGAAUGUUUUUCAUACGUGGCGGACGUCAGGGACUGGAAUGAGACGACUGGUAAUCUUCUGGACGUUUCUGUCUUACUGCUGACCCUCAGCGCAGAGGUUGGAGGCAGGCCGACUGCUGGAGAGCAGACAGGUAAAGACAAUGAGAAAUAUGUCUGUUUGACAUGAUGCUGCGGCUGCAGUUUCUCCAAAGGUACUGAGUUGAAUGCUGGAUAUUCGCCAAGCUGAGAGCCAGUUCCUCUUUCAGAAACGAAGGUCCAAUUACCUCCUCUUCAAGGUUACCUUUCUGUCUAUGGCCUUAGAGAUCUCUCUCUCUCUCUCUCUCUCUCUCUCUCUCUCUCUCUCUCUCUCUCUCUCUGUACCUGGUUCAGUUUGUGUUUGUCAUUUUUAUUAGUCUCUCAAAUGAACGAAAUGUUUAUUGUGCUCCCCUUUGUUCCUUUUAUCUCCCCGCUGGCAAGUCAUUACACGGUGAUAAUCACAGUUUAACAGAAUAUGCAAUUACGGUGAUAAAGGAAGAGCAUGAGUAAGGUAGAAAACACUGGUAUUUUGUUUUGUAUUGCUACUGCUCGAACAUUACAGAGAGGAAGACUUUAACACUUAAAAACACAAUAAUCAGCACAUGGAAUACCUGCAGCUGCUUAUUAGGCUAUUUUUGACUUGUAACUUUUGGAGCACGAGUGUCUGGAUGUGGUGACUGUUUGGUUUUAUAAAACAUAAAUUACAAAAGUUGUCAAUACAUAUCAAGUAAAUGUUUGGAUGUAGGUGAUGUUUUUACUGAAUGUGUGUGAGUGUAUGUGGUGUGUGUUUCUCUGUGUGUGAGUUGAGUGAGAGAGAAAUAGAGCGAUGCAGUGUACGCCAGUGUCAGGACCCAGCUCCAUUUCCAGCCCAUUGUACUGGUCAAAGUUGUUCCUUUGUUUUUUUGUUUCUUGUUUUUUUUCCAGCUGCAGAAUACAGACUCAUGCUUCAGAGAUGAUACUGGAGUCUCACGGCGCUGCGGCGCCACCUUAGUAAAGUCAUAAUAAACCAAGCCAUACAUCACAUUUAAAACAAAUAUGCAAAAUAAAGUGAAUAUUUCUAAAUAA